AUGGCAAUAAAUUUCUUACCUCAAAUUUUGUUUAUCGUUAUAAUGAGUACCAAGGGUAUUGAGAUAGAGGUUUCUGAUGGUGGUUCAAUUAAUUAUGAAUCAGCUAAAGAUAUUGAAAUCCAUCACCCCCUUUCUCUUUGGCGCAGAUUAGCAUUCAGUAUCGGUGGUGUUCCGAUGCAACUAAUGCAAAAUAUUUCCGGGUUCUUUCUAACACUUUUUCUUUUGGAAGUGGUUGAUCUUCCUCCAAGAUAUCUCUCUGCCGUUAUUCUUACAUCUCGUGUUGUCGAUGCUAUUACUGAUCCCAUUAUGGGAUAUCUUGUAUUGAAAACUCGCUCAAGAUUUGGACAGAAAAGACCCUGGAUGAUAUUUUCAACUCCAGUCUGGGCUCUCUCAUUUUUCUUCCUCUACUAUUCAAUUAAUGCAUCUGCCGUGGCGAAAUUGGCCAUGUAUCUCACUUUAAAUUGCCUUAUUCAGAUAGGAUUGACCGCUUAUCAAGUGCCAUAUAGUUCUUUGACGAUGGUUCUUACAAAUGAUCCAAAAGAAAGAGACGUCUUGACAGCAUUCCGUAAGUUUCUAAUCUCAUUUAACUUGUUUUUUGUUGGUCUUCUACUGUAA